AUGGGCUUGGAAAAUACCAUUGCCUGGGAUAAAAACUCCCCAAGCCAAGAUCGUGCAAAGGCCAUGAUCUUUUUGUGCCAUCACAUCGAUGAGGCACUGAAAAUGCAGUAUGUCACGCUGGAAUCCCCACUCAAAUUGUGGGAGAGAUUAAAAGAAAGAUAUGAUCAUUUGAAGCUGACAUUGUUGCCGAGGGCACGGAGCGAAUGCAGCAGUAUCGCGAAUAGAGGCUUCCAGAAAUAUUCUGAGCUGAUCACCUGUCUUUUGCUGGCCGAACAAAAUAAUGAAUUGCUAUUGAAAAAUCAUGAAUCUCGGGCGACAGGUGCAAAUCCAUUUCCAGAGGCAAAUGCGAUACAGCCGGAAAAUCCGGUGCGUGGUCGUGGAAGGCCGUACAGACCUCAACAGAGGAUUAACACCGGGAGAAACAGAAAUAAUGACGAUGAAUGCACCUGGUGUGGAAUCAAAGGCCAUUGGGCCCAUGUUUGUCACACAGCUAGUCACUUGGCUGAACUGUAUCGGGCCUCAAAAGAAAGGCAGGGAAGAGUUGCUGCCGAAACAAACUAUGCUGCCCACAAUGACACAUUUGACGAUGUGAUGAAUGAAAAUAUCACGCACCUAGAUGCCGAUGAUCUGCUUGAUAUAGCUGAUGAUGUUAAAUGA